CACCAGCCCACCAGGCCCUAUGAGAAGAAUGAGAAGCCAUGCAUGCUGUCAGAGUACAUGGACAGAUACCCACUUUAUCCCACAACUCUUCCUAGAGGCCCAUUUAAGAAAAAGGAAGCAGACAAGAUGGCGCAGAUACCCAUGGAAGGCAUCUCAACUACAAAGAGAGAUUACAUCGCUCAUGAAGUGUUGCCACUGCAACUUAAACCACCUGAAAAGCAUGUCGAGAGUGACAAGCCUAUGGAUUUGACCACCACUUAUAAACAAGAUUAUAACUUCUACCCUACAUGUCAAGUACCUCCAUGCAUCCCCUCUGUGAUGAGAUGCAUACCCAGUGUCAAGAUGGAUACAAGAACCACUUAUGAAGAUGACUAUGUGCUAUGGAAUGAACCAAAGACAGAACAGAUCAGACCAGACAGGUUUCGCCCAUCAGAAGAAAAAUUUGACCACAGAACCACUGUCCAGGAUGAUUAUCUCUACAGGGGGCCAGUUUCCACUCAAAGCUGCAAGCCUCUGAAUCGAGUCCAGAAAAAUAAGGCUCCCUCUGAAAAUAUAACCAAUUAUAGAGUGAAUUAUAUUCCACAUCCUCUGGAGAAGCCGUAUGUCCAUAAAUAUAAGAAAUACAAGGCCAGUGAAGUCCCAUUUGAUGGCCUCACUACCCACAAAGUUUCUUACAUGGGGCUGCCUGGUCAGCCAGCCAAGCUGGCAAAACCAUACCAGCCGAAGCCUCUCCAUGAUGUUCCAUUUUCCUCUACAACUGAGUUUCAGGAAAAAUACCAAACUUGGCCACAGCCUCCUGUAUUCACCAAAAAACCUGAUGUAUAUCUUCCUCCUCUGGAGAAAAUGGACCUUCAGACCACUACUCAGACACAUUACAAGCACCCAAAUAGCAAACCAGCCAAGAUGUGUCAGCCUUUGGCCCUGCUUAAAAAAAGUACUGAACCAUUCAAUAACUCUUCUGUAAUGAAGGAAGACUAUAAGCCUUGGCUGUGUGAGAGACUAAAGCCUAUCACUCAUGCUCCAGAGCUGACCUUCCCAGCAAAACCAAUGGAUUGCUUGACUACCUUUCAGAGCCAUUAUGUGGCUCAUCUGCCCACAGUUACGAAAAGCUGCAAACCUGGCUGGUCACGCCCAAAGCAUCACACUCUGCUAGAUGCUAAAACCACCUAUGCUACCAGCUACACACCAAAGGGCUUUGUUAGAUGCUUGGCCUCUUACAAAGACCCACCCGGUUACGUCUCUGAGGGAACUGAUGCUGAUGGUCACAGUUUCUAUCUCCCUGUGCCUGCAAGGUGUCAAGUGAAGGAAAAAGAGAGUGGAUGCAGCCUUCUUGGAAAUGGAUUCAAAGUGCAAGGCGCCAGCGAGUUACAAAUGAGAGCUUGA